GGCCAGCACUGGCCACCACCGCCCCACCUGCCGUCACUAUGAAACCCGGCAGCCUCAUCACCUUCACGGUGCUCCUUGCCCUCCAAAUCCUCACAUCCCGGACUGUGGAAGGUGCCCGCAAAGAAAAAGCCAAGCAUGGAGUCUGCCCCUUCAGGCCUCAUGUGAUGUGCCUUAUAUUUGAACCCCCUCAAUGCCAGAGCGACUGGCAAUGUCCGAAGGAGCAGAAAUGCUGUCACGACUAUUGUGGCAUCAAAUGCAUGGAUCCUGUAGACCCAUCAAAGCCAGUUAAUGUCAAUCCUGGGAAGUGUCCAGUGGUCACUGGCCAGUGCAAGAGGCCCAACCCCAUAGACAUCUGCCUGAAUGACAGCCACUGCCUGAACAGUCUCAAGUGCUGCAAGGGGGUGUGUGGGAAUUCAUGUGUCAAGCCAGUGAAAGAUGUAUUCUUGCCAGUUCAAAAAGAUUAGGACUUCCCGGUAUGUGUGGUCUGAGGAUUCCUUUGUUCCCCAAGCCCGAGAAAAGCGAAAGUGUCUUGAUGAAGUUGUGGCUCCGUGACCAACACCUCCAGGGGGCUAAGGUUGGGCCUGUUUUAUCUGUGUAUGCCCAGCAUCCCGCCUGAGGCUUGACACACAAGAGGAAAUGACAGUUGGCUAGUGAAUAAAUAAAUACACAAGGUUC